GGCAAGUUGGCUCCUUGGCCCCUUAUUCUUAUGCUAGUGCUUUAUUAGUGCUUUAUCAUUGCUUUGCAUUCUGCCAGUUAAAAAUCCUCGUCUCAAUGGCCCUCUUUUUCCACGACAAUCUAGACUUGACUUCCACGGCACGUGAUCGAUUGAUGAUCCAAAAAGAACAACACGUGAAGAUAGCCUAUCUGUCUAUCGUAUCUCCCGUCAUCGAGAAGGAACGUUUGUACAUAUUGUUCUUUCACCCCUCCCCUCCCCUCCCCUCCCCUCCUCUCCUCUAUCAAUUCUCUAUCGACUCGUCUCUUCACCAGAUCUUUACCCCUUCAAAUUUCACACAUAUUCCCACAUUUUUGCGCUUAUCAAAGAUACCUAGCCAUCCAACAUGGACAUCCCACAACUAGCCUUGCCAACAUCUCUGGAUCAAGCUCAAAUCAAGACUCUCCCUUCAAAGGCUUUUUAUAUUCCUAAUUUUCUUACGGGAGAGGAAGAACAAAUAUUAUUGCAGAAAAUUGCCACAGCCCCCAAACCACGUUGGAAGCAUUUAACUCAUCGUCGUCUUCAGACUUGGCCUUCUGAUUUGACUAAGAAUACUCUAUUGGAUGCGCCUCUGCCUAAAUGGCUAACAGAUCCCGUUGUCUCUCGACUCCUUUCCUUACCUGUCUCGCAAGAAAUCGGAACAAGUCACAUUUUCAGCGACAGCCCCCAUGGACGUCCAAAUCAUGUUCUAAUCAAUGAAUAUCUGCCAAACCAAGGAAUCAUGCCACACAAGGAUGGAUCCGCCUAUCAUCCAGUCGUCUGCACUGUAAGCUUAGGCUCAAGCUUAUGCUUGAAUAUAUAUGGAGACAAAGAUGAUGGAACAAGAGAAGAGCAGCCAAGGUGGAGAAUUUUCCAGGAACCAAGGAGUUUGUUGAUCACAACAGAUGAACUAUAUACAGAUUACUAUCAUGGAAUAUCCGAGACCGAAGCAGAAAUUAACCUAAAUUCUACAACAGUCGCAAAUUGGGAUCUUUUACGGUCUAAAGAUGAAAUUCUUGAUGGUAGAUAUGAAAGACAGGAGCGAACCAGCCUUACGUAUCGGGACGUACUCAAGGUAUCGAAACUAGGUUCAAAGUUAGGGUUGUUUGGCAAACGCUGAGAGACCUAAUCUUAUAAUAAUAUGAUAUCGAUCUCCA